AUGGUUUUAACAAUUGAGAAUAGUGGUGCUGGAGGUCUACAAAAUGUCUCCAGUGACAAAAAAGUAAGAGGCUGCAAUAACGAAGAGUUCUCAAUAGAGAGUUCCAUUUUUGUGGAGUCCACAGAGGACUCUUAUUUUGCAGAUGAUGAAGAGCACCAUCAUGAUGAUGAUGAUGUUGUCUACCAAGAAUUUGAGCAGUUGGACUUUUCAAACCUGCCAGAAAUCAAGAGAAUCGCGUCAGAUGAUUCCUUCUACCUGCCUGAUGAUUCAUUCAACUAUGAGAAAUGUCCAAGCCCAGAGAGUCCCGAGCCACUCAGCUUCUUCAAGGCAUGCUGCACUAACAAUGCCAUCAUUGUCAAGAUCAUGAUAAGGCAAGGUGUGACACAGGAUGAGGUACAAGAGGUGAACAAAAAUAACAAAACAGGUCUGAUAGUGGCAUGCUACCAGGGCUUCGUGGAUGUGGUCAUUGCCCUUUCUCAGUGUGCACUUGUGGAUGUGAACUGGCAGGAUAACGAGGGGAAUACAGCUCUUAUGACUGCUGCACAAGCAGGCCACAGUAUGAUUACCAACUACCUGCUGAGCUAUUUUCCUGGGCUAGACACUGAGCGCAGGAACUGCCAUGGCUUCACAGCGAUGAUGAAAGCAGCCAUGCAGGGUCGAGCCGAGUGUGUGCGGGUUCUUAUAAUGGCAGGUGCAGACACUGAAGCAAGGGACUAUGGCCGUAAGCUGACUCCACGAGAAUGGACCCUGUUCACAGGCCGCUAUGAGACAGCCAACCUCAUGUCUCGACUGAUGGAACAACCAUGUGCCGAACAGUUCUGUGACUCUUACCAUAUGGAGUGGCCUGAUCUAGACAAGCUGGUGGCUCAAUCCAAGGAGCCAAAGUCUUGCUGGAGGAGGUUCUUGGAACAUGCCUGUAACCUGUUCACCAUCCGCAUGAAGACCAACCCUGUGGAUGAAGGUGUCAUGGACUACAUGGUGCGUAUGACAACAGCACUGGCCAGCCCAUUCAUAGCUACUACCUGUCGCACUGUGUGCCCGGGCAGCCCUCCAUGUGUGGGGAAACGUCGCCUGGCUGUACAAGACAUUCUUCGUAAGCAGCGUCUGGCUGAGCUGAAGAACCUGGGGCCCGAGCGUCUCAACAACUACAGGCGGCUCUUCCAGAACUCCAGAGUGCAGCUGGUGCUGAAGAAGCAAGAGCGCCGUGCUAGUCUGCAGCCCCAGAUACUGCGCAAUGUCAUGAUGGCCUCCACUGUGGCCUUCAGGAGAUUCAGCUUGCUACCUCUUCACACGAUGCGCAGGAGCAGUGUGCGUCCAGGUUUGAUGAUGCCUAAAGUCAUGCUGUGUAAAGCUCCUCCGACCACAUAUAUACCGGAGAGGCCUCGACGCAGGACUCCAAAUAAUUCACAACACCUACAGAUCCCUAAAUGGAAGUACAAAGCUCUAAAGGAGGAGAAAAAGAAAGCACAACAGGUUGAUAAGUUGAGAUUGCCUGUUGUGAGGAAAAAGUGACAUGGCUUUUGAAGGCUUAGUUUGGGAUCUGUUCCACUUUGACACCAAUUUGAAGGUUAACCAAGAAG